CAUCAGACAUUUUGAUAGUAGAGCAAUUCAGUUCGUCCCUGUUUUAGAUUUUUCGUGAAGAUUUGACGAAAAUGACCAUGUAACUAUAUUCAGAAGUGGUACUAUAGACUACACAGAGUGAACUGAAUUGUAGACGGAUUAUUUCUGAAUGUGUAACAGGGGUGGAGCCAGUGGCUAUCUGUUAUUGCCGUCAUAGAAUUUGAAUUAGAUUAGAUGACAUGCAGAUCUUCAUACACUAAAUCCAUGACUCCUCUUUACUGUAUUGCGAAUCGAAGAAUUUGUAGUUCACGCGAAGCAAGGUCGGUAAUAAGUUAUAUUUGAUGUGUUGAUGUUACUUACUACAGAUGUUACAGAUACUCGCUACCUCAUGCUAGGCAAAUUCAUUCACUCAUAAAAAGACAAUUAUAUUUUGCUGCACUUUGUUCCAUCUUAGUAGUUGGAAGUUCUUGUUGACAACUCAUACUGUUAUUCUUAGAAUUAGGAAAAAUGUUGGGUGGUUUUGGCAGGCUUUUUCGGCGCGAUGUGGUGCGAAACGAGGAGGCAGCGUCUGUGCCAUUAACAGGAGACAGUAGCGAGGCGACGGGCGCAAAUCCAAUGCUCGUAGAGCCGAAACUAUCUUGCGUUCAGUAUGACAACUUUGCGAGGGAAUGGAUGACGGUGUCACAAAUGGACACAUUCGACGGGUAUUAUUAUAUUAACUGAAAGUUGUAUGCCAUAGAAUAGGACUUGAUCAUUGAUUUAACGUAGUUUCAGGUUAGAAAUAGUUUGGUUGUAAUGUGGCGUAGCAUGAAGGUGUUUUCAGAUAGUGGCUGGUUCACAUAGCAUAAGCUUCAUGGUGUUUUCAAAAUUAUGCCAAUACGAAAUUCCAGGUUCCGAGUAGAGGUUGGAAAGCCACUUUCGAAGUCCUUUAACGCAGCACAUACGCUUUUAUUGGGCACACAGCAGAAGGGGCAGCCAUAUGCAUAUCAGUUCGGCCCAGUUUUUCAAAGUGAAGACGGGAGACUGUUUGUGAUGGGUAAGUGAUCCGUUUUUGUUUUUCAUAAUGCUAACGGGGUCACCGGGAUGGAAGACCUUCCACAUAACAUGGCACAGCCCUGCGCCUGUUGGAUUGGCGAGCAGCGUCCCCUUGCUGUUUGAGCAUACGCGGAGGGCCGCCGCGCUUUAGCUGUAGCGAGAUGCGGCUCCACUUUCCCCGGCUGGGCGACAGGGUUGGCUGUCGUCUCUUUCGGUCUAACUACCAACCACCCCAGCAAGCCGCACGCCGCAGGCCUCGGCCUAUUCUGCCCGGGGACUCUCUUGGAGCCUAUGGCCCAGCAAGCUAGCGCGGCCGCCUGUGGUUCGUGAGUCCGAGCGUGAGCCGAAGGGAGCUCUUUUGGCUGAGAGGAUGGGCACGGGCUGGAGACUAUUGCGGAGGGCACACGUGCAGGGCGCUGGGUAAGAAGCCAGAGGAAGACGGAGGAGAAUGGGGCGCCGCGCUGUUGCUGAAAAUGGGCGCGCGGACUCUGGCGGCGCCGCAGCGGGUUGCGCCGACAGAAUUCCACGGCGCGUCGCGUGCAAUUUUGGCGGGUGGGCCGCCAGGGGUAUGCGCUGCCGGGCCCUGCUCUCGUAUACCGCAGCGCAGUUUGUUUCUACCUGCUAGCGGCGAGUGGCCAGCUGCUCCACCAGAAGCCCCCGGCGGUGCCAAGCCUGCGACGACAGGCGAGCUGGCUGCCACACUUGGCCCAGACGCAUCUGCCACGGCACGUCUGGGCAGGGUCUUACGCGUACGGUGCAGGUUUCUACUUCUCGUCCCGUAUUAAGUGCGCAGAGGGGAAGGCCGCCCCGUCACCCGAUCACCCCCAUCCGCAAGCUUUCUUGGACUGGCUCCAGAAAACAACACGGACGGACCCGCUCGAGCCGCCCUACCUCGACGACAAGGAAGGCCCAAGAAGCCACCUUGUGCCUGAUCCAGUUGGCCAGGAUGGGCAUGCGUUUCAACGCAGGCCAGCACGUGCCGCGCGUCGCGAACGGUGCAGAUCCGCCACAUUACCCGACAGUCAUCAGAAAACGACGAGAGCAGACUUGAGGCCACUGCCGCACCAUAAGGAAGUCUGAGCUUGACGCUGAGGGCAUCGCGCACGGGACAAGCCUGGGACAUCGUCAGCAUCACCAUACCCGUGCCCCUCUUGGCCCGACCUUAGCGCCAACAAGCCUAUGGAAACAGCAACGGGGUUAACUCAAUAAGUAGCGCAGGGAUAACUGAGUCGGCACAAACCUCGGAACUGACUGCCAUUCAGAAGAAGAUGCUUAAAGGUCCUCGGUCUCAGUGGUUUCGAGACAUACGCCACGUCGCUCCAAAUCGGACAGGGCCGAGAGGUGAACCGGCGCGCCGCUUUCGUCCCGGUGCGAGCAGGCGGCCGCUAUGCGAACCGUGGACGGCGCGGAUUGCGUGGCCAGGACAUCGCGCCGACCUUGUGGCAAGUCUUCUUGGCCAACACUCCGGAGGCAGAAGCGGCCAUCGCGAUCUCGAGCAGCUGGGAUAGCGCGUCAAGCGACGCCAUAAACUAUCGACAAGUCCAGCAAGGUGCAGGCGCUGGCCCACGUCCGAGAGCCGCCGGCCCUCGCGGACGCGCAGGCCUCCCAGUAGGUGGCGCGCGUGCGUCUCGCAGUCGGUCGCGGGCUGCAGACCGUCAGGGCCAAGGACAAGGCCUUGGCCAGCAGCAAGGCCGUUCCGGCUUCAGCUUCCCUCCUACCAGCGGACGGCAGCACCUGCCAGGCUACUUCUUCUGAGACGCGGCAGAAGACCACGAUAACGACACGGCAGGGGGCGGACUACCGUCGGCACAACCCGACUCGGACUACGCCGGCUACGGGUACAGGUAUGGGAAUGGUGGCGCUGUCGGCUGGUCGAGCGGCCAGGGUCAGGGAAGCGCUGGAAGCGGUCAGCAGCACAACUCGAGCUCACGACGGAGCGAGAGCUGGGGUGCCGUCCUCCUCCGUGACCUCGGUCACGACAGACGUGUUACCGACGCCGCGGCCGGUCUCUACGACUUCAGCCCUGAGGACGCCAUGCGUCAAACGCGGGCAGCGUUCCCGGAAGCGUGGCGCCGUGAUAUCGUGGCUUAUCGCCUUGACUGCGCCGGGAAAUACUUGAACCCGGUAGCAUACCGCGCCUUCGCUCAAGCGAUCGAUGAGGCAAUGCUCACAAAUCAGAGGGGCUAACUUCACGCCUGUCGUUUGUAAAUUAGGACACCUGCAGGCUGAGCGUGACGGCGUUGCGGGGGGGAGCUGGGAAGGUGGAGGGGGCGCCAAAGUCAUGGCGAAGCUGAAGGAGCAGCCAGCCCUGGGCCCCCGUUUCGCGCGCGCCGUGUCGUCGGGUGUUGGUUUUUCCAAUUCAUCAAGCUGGCGCUAGCGUCAAAAAUGGCCACGACGGCGCCACAGUUGGGGGAGAUCGCAACGCCAAGAAAGGCGACGACAACGCCAGAGGCUUGGGGGGUCGCAACGUCAAAAAAGGUGACGACGACGCCACGGGUUUGGCGUCGAUUUCUUCGGAAGUGUCUGCGGACAUCUUCGAAGGGGUGAGCGGUCUCCUUGCUCAUGUCCACGGCGAAGCCUGGCGGUUGGUCAGCGUCUUGCUGCGCAGUCGCAAGAAGUGCCGCGAUGUGCGCGCCUUCCUCUUUCGUCACCUUUUGGGCUGGUGGUGGGCGUGUCUUGCGACAUGGAAUUGCGUCAAAGUUUUGCAGAUCUAUCACGGGCGCAAAAGUAGCGCUUUGCGGUUUGCUUGAUGGUGCUCUCCUUGCGAAGGCGUCGCCAUUUCUGCAAAGUUGGACGGAAAUCCUCGACGGCCGGGCGUGUAGUGGGGUCGCUGCGCUUCGCAAAAAGUUGCCGCAUGUUCUGGGGUUCUUCAAUUCAUCCGCCAGCUCGCGCUCGCGGGUCUUCCUGACAAGGAGACUCGGGGACGGAGCUCAGCGGCUGCCCUCUUUUCGCCUUAUAUCUGUUGGCAGUCUGUCCAUUCUUGAAGUGGUGGAGCCGGUCCCAAUUAUGUGGCGCGUUCGGUGAUUCUUUUCGUUCCACUUCGCUAGACCGUAUGGCUUCCGUCGUUGAGGCUGCCCCAAGUCAUUGACUGGGGGAUACGCUUCAGCGCUGCUGUGGGCCUCAGCCUCUCCAACGAGGCCCCAGGGGUUUUCUCUGCCUUUCUAUGGGGUUAAUCACUGCGGGCGCCCUCCCUUGGAUGCACUUAGAGCACACCCAGCCUGCGGACUGGGCCGGGGGUGUAGCUCAGACUUGUUGCUUUGUGAUAUAGCUCGGAUGCUUUUAGAAUGAUUCGCGAGGCCUCUAAACUCUUGUCGCUUAUCUCAAGCGUAGCGGCAAUGACUGUGCCGCCAGAGCGUACCGCGUUAGGCAUUUCAAAGCACUUUCAAUUUUGUUGCCUUCCUCGUCACCAAGGUAAAACGAGUUUGGACGGACUUCUGAACGCGCGAGUAGUAAAGAAGAUAUGGGGACCAUAUUGCGAUAUCCGAGCGAACCUCACCUCAUGCAUCAUAGAGCCAUCAAGGAAUAUGUAUUUUUAUCGAGUUUGAAGAAGCGUCUUUAUCUUCCACAUGUUUUCUCGCUUCUUACACAGAUUCUUUCUGACUGUUUAUCCCUGAUACAGCGGCAUUGAUUGCCAUUUCGCUCAGGAUCUAGUCACCAAUCUUUUGCUCACAGAUCUAUAUUGUAUGAAUCGGACGAUUUAGUUUUGAUUUUUUUUACCGAACUGCGUGACGAUACAGAGGAAUUUGUCAAAUAAUCUUGUCAAAUAUUUGUCAAUACUAUUCUCUUCUGAAGAAGAAGAACUCAUAUCAUUCAGGUAUGAGUUCUCGAAGGACUUGAAUUUCAAGCGAUGGUCGACGUCAACGAAACUAGUGUGGCAAGGAAUUUGGAUUAUGAAUUUCGGCUUCUCAUCUAUGAUAUCAAAGUCAUUGCAUUUAGGCGGCGAGGUCACUUACCUCAAUUUAGUCCAUCGAGGAGCCUCAAUGGGAACACUCGGCAUCAGGUAAAAUUUGAGGUUUUGCCUUAAAGGAAGUCAAAUCGAGUGGAUCGAUGGAUGAACGUGAGAUGAUAGGUCAUGUUCAAAAAGUAGUUGUUUUACAGUGUAGCUAGUAGUAGUAGAUGAAACAAUUGAUUCGAUGUUUUCUCAUAAGCAAUGAAUUUCAAAACGCAGGCACUACAUUUAUUUUACACCCCACUACGUUGUACUAGAUACGACAGCGGUGGGAACGUAUGUUCAGCAACCAUUGGAAGAACGCCAGACUUUAAGAACCCAAUGCGAGACGACAUACUGCACGGCGUACGAAUGCAAUAUGUCAGGAAGGUAUGAUAACUGCACGAUAAGAAUGCUAGAUUUGUUGUGCGAGUCCUCGAAAAAGUACAACUUUUCACCGCAUCAAUCUACUUUAUUUGAUACCAGUUGAAGAACACUAUGUAUGAGUACCUUGCCGCAUCAACCUACCAUAUUUAAUACCAGUUGAAGAACACUAUGUAGAAUAGAAGCAGAGUAUUUUGAACACUCACUUCAUGGUUUGAUUUUUGGUUUUUACCAUAGAAAAGGUAUGCAUGUUGCAAUCACAUUCGUGCGCAAAAAUUCUUUCUAUCGGCCUUGAGCACUAGCCUGAACCUCCCUCAAAAAAUGGGGGAAGCCUAUCGAUAUGCGGCCGAAAUAAUACCUUCCUGCUGUACCUGUUGUACCAGACAUUUUUACCCUUACCAUAAAUUCAACAGAUAUCAGACCGACUAUCCAUGGGCUGUGAGUUCGAUUAUAGUUACCCAGAUUAUGAGUCAGCGAUGAAGGUCGGCUACGAGUACACUUUCCGGACAUCUCGAGUGCAGGGCUUGCUGGAUACUGCCGGUAUUUGAAUUUCUUUUUGCAGUCAUUUUCAGUUUUAAUUGCGAGGAGAUCCUCUCUCGUUGAACUACUAAAAAGUUUGGUUACUGUUGUACUUCGUUCUACGCUCAGUCUACAUCUACCUUCUUUUUUUAUGUACUUGCGCACUGAUAUUUUCUUAUGUGACUAACAAACCAGGUCGAGUCUCCUGCUUUAUCAACGACUUUAAGGGUUUUGCCCUUUCCGGCAUGAUCGAUUAUUUCCAUAACGAUUAUAAGUUUGGAAUGCUGAUGCAUUACUUUCCGGCAGGGGAAAAUGCUGAGGGUGGCGAAGGCGGCGUGGUCAUGUAAAGCUGUAUUCUAGUACUGAAAUAGUGCUGUCUACCGGUAGAUAUGAAAGUUCCUUAAAUAUCCUCGAAGCCCUUUUUUUAAGAUCAACUAUAACUAUGUGGCGUCCUCGCUCGUUGAGGCAAUGAAUAUUGAGUAUGAUGAUCUGUUUGCAGAUGUUUCUGCUUUAACCCAAAUUUUUAGAAGUCAGACUGAUUCGAUGAGAAAAGCAGGCUGCAGGCAGGGGGGCGAGAGUCGAGUCUGAAGCGGCGGGAGCGCCAGGUCUCAGCCUUUCGUGUUCCUAUGUUAAAAUCUAGAUUUAAAGUUAUUUUUGCAUGUAGUCGUAGUCCCCGUCAUUUUAGGAGGGGACACCGUCAGCCUUUGACGCAAAGGUGCAGUCGCGGGAUAAAUCAACAAAGAGUGGUAGUUGUUUUUGUUGAAUGCUGUGGGAGUUGUGUUGGUGAGUACUAACCCGCACUUAGGAAGAUCAUCACGAGAUUAAGCUGUUGCUUGACAGAGUGAAACAAGUAAAUACUUUGACGGUUAGUCAGAAAAUCUGCUAGUUUAAGCUUAAGUAGUAUGUCUGCAGCACUGAGGCCAGUGCUACCGUUGAAUGCGCAGUGCUACUUUGUGUGAUGAUUCCUCAAUGGUCCCGUGUUUUCUGCAAGAACUGGUGAUGUCAUCUAAGAACUUGUUGAAUAGUACUGUUGCGAAUUGUCCUAGUUACUAGUCCUUGCCAGACAGGUGCAGCUGCGAGAAACUUGGAAGAUCUUAGGAAUGUCUGGCUCGUCCUCACCGGGAGGCGCAUCUUUUUUAUUUUCACUCCUGGGCUUGUUGCGACUGAUUCUUAAGAUGUCGUGACAGGUUGUAGGCAUGUAUUUGUAAGGGUCGCCAGGACGAGUGGUGUUUCAACUUUUGAAAACAUCAUCACCCAUACUAGCAGGCACUAAAAAACGACACACAAAACGGAUCGUAGAUAGCAACACCAUGCUCAUGCGCAUGUGGCAUAGUGGGCAUAAUAAUGACUACUAAAGCAUAUUGCACUACAGAGGUGGUCCAUGGCAGUCACAAUGACAAGACUCAACAAUGAGGCUAGACUCUAGAAAACUUUAACAUACGCAAAGAUAAAAAGAUCAUGUCAUUCAAUAAAGAGCAUGUCUGAUCAAAGUUUCACGGGAGUAAACAUGGUGAUUUUGGGAUAUCAAGUCCAGAUGUUGCUAAUUAUUUGAGACCGCUUUCAGGAGGAGUAGGAGCUGGCAAUAACAACCAUGCUACGCCGUUCUUCCAAUGAGUUUUUCCUUGAAAGCAGUGGGUCAAGAGUGGCUGCGCACUUUGUUUUUAAUAUGAUGUCAUAUUAUAGCUUUUUUCCUCGACGCUACAUAAGAAUGAUCGAUCAAUAAAUGUCCCCAAGUCGAACACCGCUUCGAUACGAUGAUACACGUUCUUCUUACCUCAGGUGUCCCAUCCCGUUGUUCUUAAUAAAUCAAUGAUCGCCACUUCAAUGCCAAUUUAAUAUCGCCCAGAAUAAUUUGCUCCCAACACGAAAAGACAUGCGCCUCGCCCAAGGCAGACACACCCCCCGACUAUCGUCUAAAGCUGACCGUCUUUCUUAUCUAGGUAUUCGGAGAGAACAUAAGGGGUUAAAGUUUCCGUGCGAAAGCAGCAGGAGAUAGUUGGCUGGUUUUUCAGCGCCGACGAAAGCCUGAUGAAGGCCUCAGCAUUUAGUCGAAU